AUGCUUUCAGCAACGGAUCUACAACAGUUCAUCGUCGGUAUUUUAACCGAUGUAGCAACGUUAUAUGUUUGCGCAUCAAGACAAGAACUGAUGCCAUAUUUAAAAUUGGAUGACAAUGUCAUCCAUAAAAUGAAAUCGCCAAUGUGGGAUGAAGCUGUAAAAACGAUGAGUAAAUAUCCACAAAGUACUUUACAAUUUCCUUCGGGUUAUCAUAACAGCUUUUCACAUAAUAUUCACUGGCCAACUCAAGCGGUUGUUGCUUUCUUUGAUGUGGUACCCGACGAACAAAAUAUCAACGAGCAGGCUGACAACGGCAACAGCAAUGAAAUGCCGAAUGAACUUGCCAAUGAUGAUGAAAUGGAUGAUAUUUUCUCAAAUGUUGAGGAAGAAAUUACCACAGACUACAAUACCAACUUGUUAACUCCUGGAGAACUAUCAUCAGCUGUUCUCUCCAUGAAAUCCAAUACCACGGGUGAAUUCGAUUGGGAUUAUUGGCAUUUUGGUAAUGAUGACACCCCCAACAUGCUGCCAUUAAAUGGUUGGAAAGGCGAUGACAAUAAAGGCAUUGCAUCAUUGACUGGCAACGCUGUCAAUGGUCUCAACGAUGAAGACUCAUUCGCGUUAGCUAAUAUCGUUGAUGAUGAUGAUAAUAACAAUUUGGGUGUGAGUGAAGAUUGGUGGGGGCAAUUGCCGACUGAUUUCGUCGAUAGCCCAAGCGAAGGAUGUAGUAAUGGCUAUAGAAGUGACGGCAAUAAUACCGAUCAAAGUAUCUCACCAUCUGUGAUUGCUGCCGACAGCGACAGCAACAGUCGUAGCGAAGCAUGGGAUCAAAUCAAGAAACAUAUCAAUGAUGAUGAGGUUCUACUUCACUCUAUCAAUAGCUUAGCAUCUCAUCAAAGUUCGCAGGGAUUUCUACCAUUUAUUCCUCCAAAUAUAGCAGAUAUUAGCCCUAUUUCUCGUAAUGGAUUUAGUUGGGAUCAUUCUGGACAAGAUGAUGCAUCUGGCUUUAAUACAAAUCAAAACGAUUUAUUUCACGAAUUAGGAUUAGAAUUAGAUGUUCUUGGUAGUCAAAGCAAUAAUGAAGCUUCCUUACAUCUUAAUAGAGAUGGACCGCUCAGUAUCUCGACCACGAAUGAUAAUCAUUUUCUACAUCAUGGAAUACCCAAUAGUUCUUUUAAUAAUGCCACCGGUAAUCCUUAUGGUGAGUUCUUUGAUCUAAUGGGUUUAGAUAAUCAAUCUCCAACUGGCGAAUUAAAAGGCGACUUACCUUUCCAACCAAUACAAGCGUCCAGAAAUGGAGUUGCUUCAAAUGCUAGCCAACCUCAUGUCCCACCUUAUAGCAGUAGCUCAUCCUCUUCAAGGGAUGCAGUAUAUGCGUUAUUUACCGAUAGCCGCCCUUACGAAUGUAACCCUCAAACCAUGGGUGCAACGAUGGACAUGGGAACUUUUUUCGGUUAUAACAAUGAUGCUAUUCGGCUAGAAAAUUCCAUGGUUGAUUCUCAUCAGGUUGCCAGUCAAAGUCAGCCUAUUGGCGAAUGGGCGUCUGCUAAUGGGACUGUUGUUUAUGGUGAGACGCAAAGCGAAUUUGCUGAAAUAUUUGGUGUACCAACCAAUAGCAUGUUAGUUUUACCAGUACCUGAGCGCGAAUUAGUUGACAUGCCUGUUAAUGAGUUUCUAGCCAUGAUUGAGCGUUUACCCAGUGAUGUUGCAGCCCUUGCUAGAGAUGUUAGGAGACGUGGCAAAAAUAAGUUUGCGGCUCGUAACUGUCGAAAAAGAAAGAUCGACGACAUAGAUGGCUUAAAAGAUGAAGUAGACGAAUUAGAAGUGCAGAAAGAGAGUCUGCUUGCAGAAGUUAAAAAACUCGAAGAAGAAAGCGAGAAAUAUCGUAAAAAAAGUGAAGCCAUGUACAAGAAAAUCGAAAAAUAUGUAAAAAUGAAGGAAGCUAACAAUCGAUCUUGA